CUAGCACGAUUGAAGGGACCUGACAGACAGAUAAAAGGGGAGGUUGGUCGUCUGUUAGUGCAUCCAGCACUCGCAUGCCACAGAGGCGCAUGGCUUUGUGUAGAUAACGAGACAAGCGAAGUGAUAUCCGGUCGUUGUGUGUAUAUCAGGAUCAGCAAUCCGUCACGUAAGAGGGUCGUCUUACCCAAGAAUCACUUGCUGGGCUGGUUUGAUGUACUCCCUUCCAUGCCCACAAUGCAACGACCUGUGGACGAAACGGGACGGAUUGCAGCAGUCAAGGUGGCUGAUGCUGAUGUCGUACCUUGUGAGAUUGACAGAGAGCGGAUCGAUCACUUGAUGGCCACACAGCCACAAACAGAAGACGUCCGUAGCUACCCAGAUGCUGACGAAAUCAGCCAUGGGAUACAAGUCGGCAAAGGCCUGACGGACCAACAGAAAGAACAGGCAGUGGAUGUGAUCAAAGCAGCACAACAGACGGGCGUGUUUUCGUGCGACAAGAACGACCUUGGCCAUGUCGAUCCGUCUCUCGGUGCCCAUCGCAUCAGUGUCAGUGGCAUUCCUCCGUACAUGAAGCCUCGUAGGCUGGCUCAGAUUGAGCAU